CACCCCCGAUUUUGACUUCAGCGCUACCCAUGGACGUCUCAAAUCUCCUCGCUGCUCAGGCAUCUAAAUUUCAAUCCGUUACAGUAGAAAAAGACACGCCGCUCGAUGUCGAUGCUGGAUUUUUGACAGUCACCGACCACAACCCAAUCGACGAAGACAGCUACCGAUCCAACCUCGAAGAGUAUCUCAAGUCGACUGCUCGAGAUGGCAUCCAAGCAUUAGUAGCAGCUCUAUAUGCACUUCCGACCGAAUCGUCCGUCGACGGUUCCUUUGCAAAACUUCCACCGCCAACGACACAACUUCCCCGUGCAAAACCCCUUCCUAAACCCAAACCGCUCACCAAGUGGGAAAAGUUCGCAGCUGUUAAGGGUAUACAGAAAAAACGCAGGGACAAGAAGGUAUGGGACGAGCAAAAACAGGAGUGGGUUAAUCGAUGGGGAAGAGGUGGGAAGAACAAGGAAAAGGAGGAUCAGUGGAUACACGAGGUUAAAGCCAAUGCCGAUGUGGACUUUGACCCUGCUCAAGAAGCUCGUAACGAGCGCAAGUCCAGAGUCGCUAAAAACGAAAGGCAGCGGUUACAAAAUCUUGCUCGUGCGCAGGCUGCACAGAGUGAGCGAGAGCAGCGGAAGGAAGAACUCGAAAAAACAUUGGCGGCUACUCGGACGAGUACCGCAAGCAUGGGUAAGUUCGACAAGAAACUCGAAGGGGACAAGAAGAUACGCGGCGUCAAACGCAAGUUUGAUCCCACAGAGGUGUCGGCAGAAAAAGAAAAGCAGGCAUCGCUUGCCGUUCUAUCGCAAUUGGAUGGAGAUGCUAAAAGGGCGAAGAUUGAAAAGGGCACUGGCGAUGAUGUCGUCAACGUCCGCAAGGCGAUUCGAGCGGUGAGCAAGGGUAAAGGGGGCGUCGCUUUGGGACGGGAGGUGUCAAAACGCUCAAAAGACUCCGGAAAAAGCAAGAGAGGUAAACGAUAGU